AGGAAGUAGCGUUGCCCGUGUGGUCCAGACGGACGCCUCCGCCCGGUGUAGGCUCGCUCUUCUGUGUACAAACAUAUAUUCAUCGGGUCAAAGAUCGUCCGUUACCAGCUGUCUAGACAUUAAGGAAACGUGACUUGGUGUCAGACAGCAGCAAAAUGUCAGAACUUUUUAUGGAAUGUGAAGAAGAGGAGCUGGAGCCGUGGCAGAAACCAGCUCCAGUGGUUCACGUGAUAGAUGAUGACGAUGAUGAGCCCAUUUUUGUUGGAGUGCUUACAAAUAACAACAAACCCAAUCCUCAACCCUCUCAAACAAACACUACAAGAAAAACAGAAAUCAAAAGGACUCCUCCUGGUACUGGCGCCUCACCUGUAUUGCCUUUAAGAAUUACAGGGAAUACUGUGAAAACUGCUGCGCCAAAGCCCAUAAGUUUAGCUCCUAGGCCAAUAAUUGUCAAUAACAAGGGUUAUAUUGUCCCAUCCCCACUUAUAUCUGACAGUGAGUUUAUUGCCUCAAUUGGGAAACAACUACCUACCGGGGGUUCUUUGACGAUUGUCCCAGCUGGACAGCAGCACAAUGUUCAACAGGGGACACAAGGCACUCCUGGUGCCAUCCAUCGGCCUCAGGUGCAUCAAAUCAGCAACAACAUUGUGAAGUUAUCCAACGUCCAGAGCCCUGUGGGGUCUACAACCAAAACUUUCAUGCUGCAAGACAACAACGCCUCUUCCCUUCAGACCAUUCCUGCGCCUCUUGCAUCGAAUAAUAGAGAUCAGAGUGCUGAGAAACGAGGACUGCUACAAGAGCAUGAGAACAGUGAAGCAAAGAAGGCAAAGUUGGAUUCUGAACAAGCCAAAGUUACUGACCUUGUUGAAAAUGCAAUUCUGAUGAAAAAGUGUCCCAAAUGUAACGAAGAGUUCCUUCUGAGUGAGACACUUAAAAGUCACAUGAUGACCUGCUGUGUGAGUGCUGAGUCCUUGAACUCUGGCACUAGCAAACUAGUCAUGCUGGUGUCGGAGUUCUACUAUGGAACUUUUGAAGGGAACAUGGAGGGCAGGAAAACCGAGCCCAACUGCACUUUUAAGUGCACAUGCUGCUACAAAGUUCUCAAGAACAAUAUCAGGUUCAUGAACCACAUGAAACACCACUUGGAGCUGGAGAAGCAGAACAGUGAGAGUUGGGACAGUCACACCACUUGCCAGCAUUGUUACCGACAAUACAUGACCCCAUUCCAGCUACAGUGCCACAUAGAGAGCGCACACAGCCCCAUCGAGUCUUCAACCAACUGCAAAAUCUGCGAGCUGGCCUUUGAAUCGGAGCAAGUCCUGCUGGAGCACAUGAAGAACAUCCACAAACCUGGAGAGAUGCCUUAUAUCUGCCAGGUUUGCAGUUUUCGAUCGUCCUUCUUUUCCGUGAUGGAGCAACACUUCCGAACUGUCCAUGACAGCACCAAAGAUCUGCUGUGCCCCUUCUGCCUCAGAGUUCUCAGAAGCAGUCACAGAUACAUGCAACACUACAUGAAGCAUCAGAAAAAAGGGAUACACCGCUGUGGCAAGUGCCGGCUGAACUUUCUCUCUUGCAAGGAGAAAUUGGAUCACAGAACUCAUGGACACAAGACCUUCAGAAAACCCAAAGCUCUGGAGGGUCUCGCUCCAGGAACAAAGGUGACCAUCCGAGCUUCCCUCACCGGAAAGUCUCCGAACAUGCCGAACCGCCCUGCUCGAACUGGAAUUGUCCUCAAAUCAGAUGUUCUGUUCGCUGGUCAAGAGGCAGCUCAAGUCAUGGCGCCCAAGUCCAGCAUGUCCGCUGUAGGAAAAGUCAAGUCUGUGCAGAACAAGAAACAAGCUGGCAUUUCCAACAAGUUCAACGUCGCACUCACACAUCUGAGCGGCACUGACGGAUGCUUCACCUGCGUCGAAUGCAACUCCAAAGUGGAAGAUUUCUUCUCGCACUUCCCAAUGAACUCGAGUUGCGGUGCGUGCAAAUACCGCACAAGUUGCAAAGUUUCCUAUGGAAACCACAUGAUUCGAUUUCACAGCACCAUCAGCAAAAACAGAAUUUCCAAAAUGAACCCAAAGAAACCAUCUGCAGUCAAGUUAACCCUGGUUUGUACCAACUGUGACCUCAUAUUGGACGCAUCAGGAGGAGACUUGAUGACUAAACAUUUAGUGGACAGACCAAGUCAUGAGUGCAGGGCCAUUCUGGACAAAGAUGUCAGAGAGAAAAAUCGAGACAGCUUCAACGGACAAGAUCCUGGUGUCUCCUCACACAGUGAACCAGACAACAACAACGAUCUGACACCAAAGGAAAUUGACCCCGAACGAUCAGAGAGCGUUCCACUCGACACCAAUGACAAUUCUGCUCCAUUGCCAAAACAAGGUCAGGAGCACGAUGUGACGGAGGCUCCUGCCACUGAGGAGAAGGAAUCUCCUCACUCUCUUGAUGAGGCCCCAGGUGACAAAGAGAAGCCAUCAGACGGCUCAGAGGUCAAAGAGGAGUCCUGCAUUUCAGAUGCCGGGCAACAGGUGCAGGAACAGCAGCCGUCUGACAUUUAGGAAGAUGGCGUUCUGCUCUCCGUUCUCAGUGCAGCUGAUCCUGGACUUAAUUCACAAACCGACUUGCCUGUCAGUAGUCAACUGUAGAUUAAAAAGACUUGUUGCACAGAAUGUGAGAUUAUGCCAUUGAAAUAAUAAUAAUAAUAAUCCCUUUUGUAGCCUUUUCAGUGUAAUCUGGAUCCACCUCCUGACUGUGUCACGUGAAAGGUUCUCAGACUUCACUUAAGUCGUCUGUUGCUCAAAUAUGGUCUUGUAUCAUUUUGGAGAUGAUGGUGUACAUUGAUGUUGGAUGGGUUGGGGUUUUAAAACAUAACAGAACCUGUGGCAUUUGCACUGCCCAGACCGAACAACUUCACAACUGUAUGACAGACCAGUAGUAGUACAGUUCAUAGUCGAGCCGAAACGGAGAAUGUUGUCAUGUGUCACUCUUUUAUUUUGUGUCGGAUAUGACAAAGCGAAUAUGACUCACUACCAGUCCUAGAACUGUCAGUCUACUGUAGAGCUAAUAAAAUAGCUGAGGUCAUAGUUUUUAUGCAAGACUAAUGCGGUUUUAAUGUACACCUUUGACUCACCUGCUAUUUUUAGGCGGAGGAAUCAGCAAGAACUAAAACGUGAAAAUGGGAUUUUGGUUCUUUGUAUCUUAAAAAUGUUACGCUGAAAUUUGGUGUGGAGGUCAACAAAUUCCAAAGAGAAACCCUUUUUUGUCUUCUGAACUGCAGUCCUUAACCAUGCAAAAAAUAUAUUUGUAAGAUUGUCCUUAGAAGUGCUUCUAAAAGGUCUUCUGCGAGUGAUGUGUGAUGCAGGGUUUGAAAAUUUUGGGGUUUUUUUUCUGUGAAAUGGUUGCUUUCUUCAUGUACAAAGAGCAGGCUUCCCUUGAAUCAUACACCACGGCAAAGUCAGUAAAACAUGUAUGACUCGGAGUGUGUAGAACUCCAAUUUAUUUAAUAUAGUUCAUAGAAAACACCGACUUCAACUCUCGUGUUGGAUUUUAAA